AAUCUGCCAUGCAGGAAAUGGGUGUGCCGGAAGCAAGCCUAGGAGGACACGCUUUCCAUACUUACAAGUUGAAAACUUCUGCCUCUGCCAACAGCGAGAGUGUCGAGUUUUGCUUUCACCACAAUGUCUGCGGACGACGAAGCUAUUGUGAGGGAACACUCGAUGCAGUGGAAUGGUUAAGGCUUCCCCUAAUCCAUCUCCUCUAUAGGGAUCCCUCAAACAUAGAUAUGCGCCACCAAUACAAGGGAAACGCUGAGGACGCAUAUGCUUCAGGGAUAUCUGCCACAGGAAUGAAUAGGGGAGAGCUCUAAAAUGGCUGAGGAAGAAGAUUCAUGAUUUGGGAUUGGGAGAUAGGAGCACUGCUUCCGCAAACAAAAAAGUUUUCAACAUGAUUGAUGUUAUAUCAUCGCCUGCUCGUCCUCUGUGAAACAAGUGAAAACUCAAUGCCGGGUUUUGCGCAAUAUCUUUCGUGGUCAUCUUCAUGCUUAGUACGCUACACAGAAACAUUGAUACGCAGUGAUGUCUAGCUAC